AAUUGAUUUGAUUGAUUGUGGCUGAUUGCGACUUGAAGAAAAAUGUUAAAAUUGUAAAUGAAUUGUGAAUUAAAUGAUAUCUAUAGUUUCUCUUCUUAAACGUUGAGCAACCCUGCUUACUAAACUGUGCUAAACUAAUUGUCCGAGAUGGAUUUUCAAAAUCGACCUGGUGGUAAAACUGGAGGUGGAGGCGUAGCGUCAUGGUCCGAAAGCAAUCGGGAUCGACGCGAACGAUUAAGGCAACUCGCUUUGGAGACCAUCGACUUAAACAAAGAUCCAUAUUUUAUGAAAAAUCAUUUGGGGUCUUAUGAGUGUAAAUUAUGCCUUACACUUCAUAACAAUGAAGGAAGUUACUUGGCCCAUACUCAAGGGAAAAAGCAUCAGGCUAAUUUAGCUCGGAGAGCAGCUAAGGAAGCCAAGGAAGCACCUCAACAAUUGGCUCCUGAGAAGCCGAGAAUUGAACCCAAAAAGUUUGUUAAAAUUGGGCGACCAGGUUACAGAGUUACCAAGCAGAAGGAUCCAGAGAAUGGCCAGCAAAGCUUGCUAUUUCAAGUUGACUAUCCAGAAAUAGCUGAAGGUGUCCAGCCUAGGCAUCGGUUCAUGUCAGCUUAUGAGCAGAAAAUAGAACCUCCAGACCGCAGAUGGCAAUACUUACUCUUUGCAGCAGAACCAUAUGAGACAAUAGCAUUUAAAGUGCCUAGUAGGGAGGUGGAAAAACAUGAUUCUAAAUUCUGGACCCACUGGAAUAAAGAUACAAAACAAUUCUUCCUCCAGUUUGCAUUCAAAAUGGAGCCCUUGAGAAUGCCCCCACCACCCCCGAAAAUGUGGGAAAAUCAUGGCAUCCGUUUGCCUCCACCACCUGGAGCACCAAUGAUGGGGGUACCACCUCCGCCCCCAUUAUUGCCAGUGCCUCCCCCACCCCCAUCUAUGUAACAGAUAGCAUAGCUUAAGCUGCAUUAUGUAAUUAUUCAAAUAAAAUUGUAUUAAUUUUU